ACCAAACCCACAAAUUCACACGACUCACAUAUAAAAAUAUCUCAGGCCGGCCUUUCACUUCUUCAACAAUCAACACACACACAAAUUGAUAUCCAUCAAGAUGUCAAAAAUGAUGGAAUUCACCAGAAUAAACAGCUCAAAAAUCGAUGAUGAUGAUCGUGAAGUACAAGGCGAUAUUGAACAAGGAACACUCUUAUACCCUGGAAUCAGCCAUGGUGAAAACAUCCUUCGUUGGGGUUUCAUCCGUAAGGUUUACGGCAUUCUCGCCGCCCAGAUGCUCCUCACCACCGCCGUCUCUUUCUUCACCGUCCUCUAUGCUCCCAUCAAUGAGCUCCUCCGCGGCAAUUCUGGGUUGUUGAUAUUUCUUGUCUUCCUUCCUUUCAUCCUGUUGUGGCCGUUGCAUGUAUAUCAACAAAAGCAUCCACUCAACUUGGUCUUCCUCGGGCUCUUUACUGCGUCUCUGAGUCUCACUGUUGGUGUAAGCUGUGCCAACACCGAUGGAAAGAUCGUGCUAGAAGCUUUGAUUUUAACCUCUGCAGUGGUUUCAUCUCUUACCGCAUACACUUUCUGGGCAUCAAAGAAGGGAAAGGACUUUAGCUUCUUGGGACCGAUUUUGUUCACCAGCCUUGUUAUUCUCCUCGUCACUACUUUUAUGCAGAUGUUCUUCCCUCUUGGACCUGCAAUGAAUGCCAUUAUCGGUGGAUUUGGUGCUAUCUUGUUCUCGGGGUACAUAAUCUAUGACACCGAGAACUUGAUUAAGAGAUUUACUUACGAUGAAUACAUUUGGGCAUCUGUCACUCUUUAUCUCGACAUACUAAAUCUGUUCCUUACAAUCCUAAGAAUGCUGAGACAAGGAGACAAUUAGGCAUUAUGGUGUGUGCUGAUACUGGUUUGCUUAAAUAACUCCUGGGAUGCUUGAACAUUUAUCUUUUAUGGAAUUAUAAAGACGAUACAUUCUGGUAAAAUAUUAUAUCUGCAUUUUGAUAACGAGCAAAUUAUGAUCCGUAACAUGUAAGUAUUGUAAUCAAAUUGUUCUUUGUGGUAUACUUGAACAUUAUAUUUCUCCUA